CAACUUUUUAGUAUAAGGUAACCAAAAAUAGAGAUUUUCAAACAGUUUAAAAAAUUAUUCUAUAAUGCAUUGUAUUAAGAUGAAGUCGAUAAUUUCUGUCUUAUUAUUGGUGCUCUGUAGUACCUCUAUAGUUUUCACCUACUAUGUCCCGCCUCCAAUGGACUAUGGACUACUACGACAUUCAAUACCGUCAUACCACCAUUCAACACUCUCAAAUUAUGCAACCAGAGAUGGGGAAGCCCCUUUGUCUGAUGUCUUUCUGUAUCCCCCAAAAGUUUUAUUGCCUUCCGGUCCUAAGCCGUAUGGUGGUUGGAUUGGUUACCAUCAUAUGCAUUCAGUACCAUACAAAUCAAAAGUUAUAAAUGAACUCCCUGUAGAGUUACAAGGCGAACCGGCUAAAGUUAAGGAAACUAACUGUGUUGUUAAAAAUGGCGUCACAAAGUGCAAAAACAACUUGAAUCUGCGUCAAAAACACCUGUUAAGGUCACGUGAGUGUUUUGUUGAAGAUUUUGUUGUAACGUGCAUUGAGGUAUAAAUUUUGUAAAAUACAUUUUUUUAUUCUGGCUGAUAAAUACAUGGCGUUUUUAGUUU